AUGAACAAGCUGGUCAGGAGGGCCAGCUCCACUCUGGGCUGCUCCCUGGACUCUGUGGAGGAGGUGAGGGACAGGAGGCCCCUGGACUCUGUGGAGGAGGUGAGGGACAGGAGGCCCCUGGACUCUGUGGAGGUGAGGGAAAAGAGGCCCCUGGACUCUGUGGAGGUGAGGGACAGGAGGCCCCUGGACUCUGGAGGAGUGUUCAUAUGUGUGAGGUCACUUGGACACAAUCGUCACCACUGCAGGGAGCUGAACCUGGCCACCUCAGACCACCCUCAGACCACCCUCAGUCCACCCUCAGUCCACCCUCAGACCACCCUCAGUCCACCCUCAGUCCACCCUCAGACCACCCUCAGACCACCCUCUGCCCACCAGGUCGCUCUGUGGGGCUAG